AUGGCUUCAACACUUAUCUCCAGAACUUUCUUGGCUGCAACCCACCGCUUGAUCACUCCUUCUCUUCUCCCUCAAAAGACCCUUAAUCUCUCCUCCUUUCUCACUAGGACAGGGUUUUAUUGUCAGUUGGGAUUUUCGUCUACAGCUUAUAAAUCAGCUCGAGGUAUGAUGGGUUAUAGUGGAAUUGGGGCAAGAGCUGGUUACUCUACUUCGUCUGUAGCAGCUAAUGAGCCUGUUGUUUCUGUUGAUUGGCUUCAUUCUAAUCUCAGAGAGCCUGAUUUGAAGGUUUUGGAUGCGUCAUGGUACAUGCCAGAUGAGCAGAGGAAUCCUAUCCAAGAAUAUCAGGUUGCUCAUAUUCCAGGUGCUCUCUUCUUUGAUUUGGAUGGAAUAUCAGAUCGAUCAACAAGUUUGCCACAUAUGUUGCCGUCUGAGGAAGCUUUUGCUGCUGGUUGCUCUGCUCUUGGAAUUGAGAACAAGGACGGAGUGGUUGUUUAUGAUGCAAAGGGUGUCUUUAGUGCAGCCCGUGUAUGGUGGAUGUUCAGAGUUUUUGGACAUAACAAAGUGUGGGUACUCGAUGGAGGUCUACCGAGAUGGCGUGCUUCAGGUUAUGAUGUUGAAUCUAGUGCAUCAGGUGAUGCUAUUUUGAAAGCUAGUGCUGCAAGUGAGGCUAUAGAGAAAAUCUAUCAAGGACAUUCCGUGAGUCCAAUAACCUUUCAGACCAAGUUCCAGCCACAUCUAGUGUGGACACUUGAUCAGGUCAAGAACAAUAUGGAGGAUCAAACAUAUCAGCACGUAGACGCACGUUCCAAAGCCAGGUUUGACGGUACAGCACCAGAACCCCGUAAGGGAAUAAGAAGUGGUCAUAUCCCUGGAAGCAAGUGUGUCCCUUAUCCUCAGUUGUUUGAUUCUGCUUCUCAAACAAUGUUACCAGCAGAAGACCUGAAGAAACGAUUUGAACAAGAAGACAUCUCAUUGGACAAGCCUAUUAUGGCAUCAUGUGGCACUGGGGUAACAGCUUGCAUCCUAGCAAUGGGGCUUCACCGAGUGGGGAAAACUGAUGUGCCAGUCUACGAUGGCUCGUGGAUUGAAUGGGCAACACAACCAGACUUGCCUAUGGAAGGGGAGGAAUCUUCUUCAUGAAAAGUCUUUUAAGGGAAAAAGGCUAGCAACGAGAUUACAAGCCACAAACUUGAGGAUUGAAAUCUGCCUUGAGUAAAAGAGGACUCUGUCUAUAUUUUUUCUUUCGGGUGGACAAAAGGUUUAUGCUUUGAUUUCUUUGGAAUAAAAUCAACAAACAGAAAAUUGUUAAUGGUAAAUGAUUCAUGAAACAAUUAUGAACAGGUUUUUUCUUAGUAGAUAAAUGAUAGACAAGAAACGA